CUACAUAACCACUUGCUCUUGACUGUCCGUGCGCUAGGACCACCAGCGAACAGUAGCGACAAAACUGUGUGCGUCGCGACCGAGCUGUUGACCGACGCAGCGCUACUACUGCUGCAAUGGCUUGGACUAUACAACACGAGUGGUAAUAGGACUUCUGGCGCAAGAGCGCGUUGACGCUUUGCUCGGUCAGCGUAGUGCUACCUGACAAGCAUGGACACUGAGUGCCUUGCCGCUUGCGGAGCUGGGUCUGCCGUGAAGGUUGCAGUCAGGGUCCGACCGCUCAUAACGCGGGAGCUGCUGCAAGGCAGCCGGCCCUGCAUCUCUGCAGAUGGGCCCUGCGUCACGGUUGGCCGGGACCGGCGCUUCACAUUUGACCAUGCAUUUGGCCCCAACACCAAGCAGGAGCAGCUGUACAGCGAGAUGGUGGGGCCGCUGGUGGAAAGCUGCUUCGACGGCUUCAACGUGACGGUGCUGGCGUACGGCCAGACCGGCAGCGGCAAGACCUUCACCAUGGGCACUGGCGAGAUGGCGCCGGGCGGCGAGGAGGGAGCCCUGGGCAUCGCGCCGCGUGUCAUUCGGCACAUCUUCCAGGGCAUCGAGGCGCGGCGGGAGCAGGCGGCGUUCUACGUGCGAGCCCAGUUCUUGGAGAUAUACAACGAGGACGUUAAGGACCUGCUGGCGCCGCCCACGGAGCAGGUCACAAAGUGGAUCUCCCGGGACGUGGGCUCCUCCCAGUCGGCCGGCGGCGGGCUGGGCGGCACGCAGGCAGCGCCGGGCGGCAUCUCGCUGCGCGACGCCGGCGACGGCACCAUCAUCGUGAUCGGCGCCCGGGAGGAGCCGGCGGAGUGUGUGGAGGACCUGCGGGAGCUGCUGGAGCGCGGCAUGGCGGCCAGGGCCACCAGCAGCACGCUGGCCAACGAGCAGUCCUCUCGCUCCCACGCCAUCCUUACCAUCAUCAUUGAGCAGCACUCGCUGGUCCACGCCUCGCUGAACAGCAGCACCAGCAGCGGUGGGGGCAGCGGUAGCGGCGAUGGGGCUGGCGGUGUGGGGCGCGGCAGCGGCGGCGGGCUGAUGGCGGCGGGCGAAGUCCGCACCGCCAAGCUGCACCUCGUGGACCUGGCUGGCAGCGAGCGAACCAAGCAGCUGCGGUCGUCCAUGCAGGGGCAGCUGGGCGCGCGGUUCCGCGAGACCGUCAACAUCAACCAGGGCCUGCUGGCGCUGGGCAACGUCAUCAGCGCGCUGGGCGAUGAGCGCCGCCGCGGCAGCCACGUGCCCUACCGCGAGUCCAAACUCACCCGCCUACUGCAGGACUCACUGGGCGGCAACAGCCGCACCGCCAUGAUCGCGUGCGUCAGCCCUGCUGACGAGGUGCUGGAGGAGACGCUCAACACACUCAAGUACGCUAACAGGGCCAAGAACAUUCGCAACAAGCCCGUGGUCAACAGGGCGCUGCCGGGCUCCACGAUGUCGCCGCUGCGCGGCGCUGUGCAGGAGGUGCAGCUGCAGGUGCUGCAGCAGCUGGUGGCGCAGCUGGUGGCACACAGCGCCGGCGGCAGCCACAAAGGGCUGGCGGCGGCACUGCCGCUGGCGGAGCUGAUGGCGUUAGACGUGGCCGACCCCGCCGCCUGCCUUCAGGUGCUCACGCGGACCAAGGAGGUGCUCACGCGCGCGGCGGCCGCGGCUGGCGACGCUGGUGGGCCCGUGAACAGAGGUGCGCUGGAGGCUGGUGAGGCUGGCGGCGUGCUUGGUGAUGAGGACGGCGGUGGCGAGGCGGACACGCUGCUGGCGGGCUGCAGUCGCGCCAUCGCGGGCAUCCUGCACAGCCUGGCAGAGAUGGAGGCGCAGGGGCACGUGAACGCCGAGGCCAGGGAGCAUAUUCUCAAGUCACUGGAUGCCUCCACUCUGGGACUGCUGCCAGCGGUUCGCUCCCUCGCGCCCGUCAGCGCUGCGGCCAGCGCCUCCGCCUCCACCUCCGCCGCCGCCACGCCCCGUGCGGGCUCCUCCUCCGCCCUCGCCACAUCCUCCCACCAGCUGCACCUCGCCUUCGACCAAGCCGCCUCCGACGCACAUGCAAGUGCAGGGGCAGCUGUUGCUGCAUCUGCCCAGCAAACUCCACGGCCGCUGCCCCCGGCCAGCCCUCGAGCGACCGGCACCCCAGCGGCAGGUGCUGCUUCUGGGGAUGAAGCGGCCACGGGCUCUGAGGGCCCGGGGCGGGUGUCGGUGCUUGAGGACCGGGUACGGGCCCUGGAGUCGGAGCUUGCGGGCGUGCGGGUGGAGCUGCAGGAAGCCAAGGAGGACCUGGAGCGUGAUGAGGUCAUCUUUGCGGACAAGAUGAAGGAGCUGCAUGACGCGCGCACGGGCUGCGCGGAGGCGCAACAGCGGCUGCGUGAGGCGGAAGCGCGGCACGGCCGUGAGGCGGAGGAGCUGCGCGGCCAGGCCGCGUCCCUCAAGCAGCAACUGCAGCACCAGGCCAAGCUGCUCGCCGCAGCCGCAGCCGCGCGCGGCAGCGCCGCCGGCAGCCGCAAUAGCAGCCGCCCUGGCUCCGGCUGCGGCCUUCGCCGAGCCGCCGCCAGGGCCGAGCUUAAUGGCCCCGGCGCCGCCACCGCCGCAGACGGCGGCGAGUCUGCCGAUGGCGGGCUGUCUGAUGAGGUCUUGUACGACGAGGAGCUGCUGUCGUACAUCAGUGAUACGGAGUACGGCGAGCAGCUUGUGAUAAGCGGCGGCGGCCCCAGCCAGCGCGAGGUGCUGGAGAGCGACGCGGCGUUGCGCGAGGAGUUGGCGGCGGUGCUGCGGGACAAGGCGGCUGCGGAAGCAGAGCGUGCGGCGCUGGAGCGUGUCGCGUUGGCCCAGCGCACCAGCUUCGAUGCCGCCCGCGCGGCGCUGGAGCAGCAGCUGAGCAGCCUUUCGGGCGACAUCCUGCGGCAGCAGCAGCAGCUGGAGGCGGCGCAGGUGGCGGAGCGGGAGGCCAAAGAGCUGGCCGCCAAGUGGCAGGAGCGGGCGGAGGAGCUAGAGGCCGCCAUCGACUCGCGGGAGGCGGCGCUGGACCGGCUGCGCUCUGAGCUGGAGGCGGUGGAGGGCGGCGCCGUCCGCAGCAGCGAGGAGCGCGCGGCGCUGAGGCAGCAGUACGAGCAGCGCAUCGCGGCGGUGACGGCGCAGGUGGCGGCGCUGCAGCGGCAGCUGCAGCAGCACGCAGCUGGCGGUGACCGGCGCGACCGGGCGUCGGCGUCUGAGCGUGCGGCGGUGCUGGAGGCGGAGCUGGGCAAGCUGCGGACGCACCAGUCGGAUCUGAAGAAGCAGCUGUCGGAGCGCAUCUCCAAGUACGAACGGGACGCCGCCGGCCGCCUCAAGGAGCUGGCGGCGCUGCGCAAGGCCGCCGCCACCGCACGCGGCCGCAUUGAGGCGCUGGAGCAGGAGAACCGCGCGCAACGGGUGCUGCUGCGGGAGAAGCAGGCGGAGGUGGCGGCCGCCAACCAGCGCCUGCGCGACUCGCAGCGCAGCAUGGGCAGCGGCGGCGGCGCGGUGCUGGGCGGCCCUGGCAGCCGAGCCACGAGCCCCGGACGGCCUGGGUACAACCGGCCAGGCGGCGCGGGCAGCGUGGGCGGCGGCAUGGAUGCGCGGGGCUCCCGCGAGGGGUUCACGUCCCCGCCGCCCGCGUAUGGUGUCCUUCGGGCGUCGUUGCAGGGCGAGGCAGGCGCUGCGGCGCGGCACCGCUCGCCCGGGCGCGGCCUUCCCCCGCACCUUGCAGCCGCUGCCGGGCGCGGCAGCGCUGGCGGUAGCCAUGGCAGCGGCAGCGGCGCCUCCACCGCCCGGGCGUCGGCGCUGGCCGCCUCGCAGGAGGUGCAGACGCAGACGUCCGACGCGGCGUUGUCGACGCAGGAGCAGCAAGAGGUCAAGGGCUGGGCCACGCAGCUGAUGCUGGUGGUGACGGAGAUGGGCGCGGUGCAGGCGCGCGCCGAGGUGCUGGCGGCGCGGCAGGCCGAGCUGCGGCAGCGGCAGGAGGCGUUGGAGCGUGAGGCGGCGCAGCUGGACCUCCGCACGCAGCGCCGCGCCGAGCAGCUGACGGCGGCAGUCGCCGCGUGCGACGCCGAACUGGCCGACCUACUUGGCCGCGUGCCCUCGCCACGCUACGACACGCCGCCCGCCUCAGCGCCGGGCACACCGCGCAUGGCGGCGGCUGCUGCCGCCGCUGCGGCGGCCGCGGCCGCCGCAGCGUCAGCUGGCGCGGUUCCUGGCGGCGCGGCGACGGGGGACGCUAAGUUGUUGAAGGGCGGCGCCGGCUUCGGCGGCAACCGGGCUCUGAUGUCGGACGAUUGGGUGGCGCUGCAGCAGCGCAUUGCGGACGUCAGCCACGCCAAGGCCAAGCUGGAGGAGCGGCUAGGCAGCGGGCGGCUGCUGGACGAGCGCGAGCAACAGGCCGUGGACUCGCUGGACGACGCACGUGACGACCUGGACACGCAGCUGUCCUACGUGGCCGGCGAGCUGGCCGACCGGCGCGGUGCGGCGGAGCGGCUGCGGCGGCUGCGCGACCAGCUGCUGGGGCUGGGCGGCGAGGUGGGAGCGGAGGGGCUGCGUCUGGCGCUGGAGGCGGCGGCGGAGGCGGUGGGGCACCGCUCCUACCGGGUGCGGCAGCUAGAGGCGGCGCUGGCCGCGAGCGAGGAGGGCGCGGCGCGGCGCGAGGCGCAGCUGCAGGAGCGGUUGCGCGAGUCGCUGGUGUCUCUGUCCGCACACCUGGCCUCUCUGGAGGCCACCUCGCCCAACUCCUCCGCCUCGCUCAACUCGUGGGAGCUGCGCAACCUGCUGGACAUGUACCUGGAGGGAGGCAGCGGCGGUGCUGGCGGCAGCGGUGGGGCAGCACCCAGUGGCACUGGUGGUGGAGGCAGCGGGCUGGGUGCUGCUGAGGCCACUGGUGAGCUGCAGCAGCAGCAACAAUGUCAACAGGACGACGCAGGCGACGAUGAUGCGUCGGAGCGGCAGGGGCAUCAUCAUGGCAUGGCGGCAGCGCGCGACAGCGGCCGUGGCAUCGCUGAUGACGUGGACCCAUUCGGCAGUGUGCAGGUGCUCGCGGACGACGGCGGCACGGGCACAGGCAUCAGCACGAGCGGCAAUCACUCUCAGGCCAUCAGCUCGCUUAGCAGCUGGGUCGCAAGCAGCAGCGACGCCGGCUCGCAGCACCAGCCGCAGCGGCAGCAGCCAGGGGCCCUGGGCACACCGCAGCGCGGCUCUGCUUCGGGCGCGGGCGGCAGCGGCGCCGGCACGCCUGUGGCGGCGCCGGGCGGCGGGAUCCUGCGGCGGAACGGCAGUGUGGACUCAACCCGCAGCAGCAACUCGGGCGCGGGGUACGGCACCUCCGUUUCCGGAAAGCGGGUGACAUGGGGCACUACGGCGGCGGCUGAGGCGCAACCGGGCCAGCCGGCUGCAGCCCGCCCACAGCCGCAGCUGCAGCCGUCUAUUCUGGACAGAAAUGCCCGGGAAAGCGCUACAGCGGGGACUGGUUUGCAAGCGGCUGCACGGCCGCCGUCAGCCCCGGGCCGGCCGCAGCACAUGGGCAUGCCGCCACCAGCAACAGUCGGCAUGGGCGGCGUUGGCUCGGGCUCAGGUCGCUCGUCAGCGGACGGUGGCGACGACACCGCGGUUGCGGUCGAUCGAAGCAGCGCCGGCAGCGCGCAUCACGGCAGUGGGGAUGGGUCUGGGGAGAAGCUGCUUGGCGGCGCAGGCGUGGCUGCGGGCGCCGGCAAGGCCCCGCCACAGACCGGGCUGCGCUCACACAAUCCUUGGCAGCAGCAGCGGCAGCCGGGUGGCGGCGGCGACAACGACCUGAUGCCUCAGGACUCGGGCCUCGCGCUGCUGUCCGCCGAGUGCUCCGCUCUUAGUAUUCAUGACGCCAGCACCACCACCAAUAGCAACAGCAACUCCACCUACGGCCUCAGCAGUGCACACGGCGGCGCGCAGGCGGCAGGCCGGGGGCUGCCGUUCGUAGACCUGGUGCGGGGCAUGCACCAGGCUCAGCCGCAGCCUGCAGCAGCGUCAGCGACUGCGGCCGCGGCCGCGGCCACCCGCCAACCAGAGCUGAGGCAAGGCGGCGACCGGCGGGCAGCAAAGGCGUCGCCGGCAGCGGCGGGCGGUGGUGACUGCGCGGAGGAGGGCGACGAGGAGGAGGAGGAUGGCGGGCUCGGGUACGCGGACGAGGAGGAGUUAGAGCAGCAGGUGCGGCUGCUGGCGCAGGCAGUGGCGGCGUCCUCGGGCCAUAGUCACAGCCAUGGGCACAGUCACGCCUCUCAGGCGCCGGCCGGCUUCGGGCCCGGGACCACGGGCCACAGCAGUGGGCGAGGUGUGGCUGGUGGCGAGGCGGUGGCGGCAUCGAGGCAAGGCACCGGGUCGUGGGCAUCACAAGGAGAAAAUAUGGAGUUUGAUCUGGUACUGCCGCCGUCAGCUGUAGCGGCGGCCAGUGCCGUGCUGCCGCCGCCGACGACAGCAGGGUCCAGGAGCAAUGCAGCUGCCAUGCACAAUGUCGCACCCACACAUGGCUACGGGCGGGAGCUUCCGAAUGACGGCAACGAGCGCCAAUUGCAGCAGGACCCCGAGCAUGUGGCAUUCCAGCAGCCGCACCAGGAGCCCUUCCAGCAGCAGCCGCAGCAACCCCGCAAACUGCUGCCCGCACCCGUCCGCAGCACCAGCCCUGUUCACAACCACUACGGCCGGCCGCAGCGCUUGGCAGACGCGCCAAGUGCCUUCACGGCGCCUGCACCCUCGCCGGCCGUCGCCGCGCUCUCCGAGGCGCUUCUGCCGUACAAGUCACACCUUCGCAGGGCGGGGUCAGGAGCAACUGCUGCCGCUGUGCCUGCGGGGCCAGGCGACGCAGGGGCCGCCGCCGGCCGCUCGGGCACGCCUGACGGCCGCCGGCUUGCAUCCGGCGCGCCGCACAUGAAGGUUGGCUUCGCCAGCCCGCAACACUUGCCGUCGCCGGCUGCGAAUGCUGGCAUGAAGCCGCGAGGUGCAGUGCAGGUGCUUUGGAGCGCGGAUGAGUCGGCGUCUGCUGCAGGAGCCCGUGGGCUCCAGCAGCGGGGGACCUCUGCGGCGCCAUCGGGUGCUGCGCAAGCGCAGGCGCUGCCCUGGCGGCCGGCGGCACCACCGCGUGACGCGGGGGCGGUGAGCGCUGCUAUGCUAGCAGCUGCGGGGCCGGGCGCUGGCGGAGGUGCUGGGGUAAACAGCGCGGCGUUGAUGCGUGCAAGCAUCGGCUCGGUGGGCAGCGCCGGUGGUGGUGGUGGCGGCGGCGGCGGCGGCAGCCGGAUUGACAUGGAUGAGCGGCAAGCGGCAAUGGUGCGGGCGGCCCGGGCCCGAGGCUUUCUGCCGUGAGUGUGUGUGUGUGUGUGUGUGUGUGUGUGUGUGUGUGUGUGUGUGUGUGUGUGUGUGUGUGUGUGUGUGUGUGUGUGUCCUACAGAUGCCAUCUGCCGUUGGGGUAGAGUUGUUUCAUAUUAUGCUGCUGGACCAGGACAUGACGGGCUAGAAGACAGGAAGGCUGUGUUGACAUGAUUUAUUGCUUGAUUGUCCGGUGUCAAGAGUACUGCUGCCCUUCCUGUGAUUGCCACGCUCUUGACCGAAUUCAUUUCUCGUGCUGACUUGGGGCACCUACGUGGACGAUGAUGACUGGUGGGAUGCGUUCAGUGCCAGGUCACGAGACGAAGCGUGCCUUCAUUUUGUCUCGGCACUAGUUGGCAGUCUAGGCAAUGCCAAUGUUCCUGCUGAGUCUCAGGAGCCUGUAGCUUGCAGACUACGAGCGCAGCCAUUGGGCCCUGUCCAAGCCAUUGGCUGCCUACAUGUCCUAACGUAGCCGCU